AUGGCUAGAGGUCGCAAGUCCAAGGCAAAAGCCAGCCCUUUCGGCUCGCAGUCGCAGUCAACCCUGUCCUUCAACAACAAGUCUGCACGAGUCACGAAACCGAGCGCCAGACCGGACGAGGCCGCGGCCAAGAAACGACUGUCGUCUGAGUCGGCACAGACACAACUCCAAGAGGAAGUUACUGAGGUUCAAACACCAGAUCCAGAGAAGGAGACAGGAGAAUCAGCAGCGGAGGUGGUGGAAGUCGCCUCUGAACAUGAGCCGGAGGAGGAGUCCCAUCUGAUCAGGGACACGGCAGAAGCGGACGUGGAUGUGGAUGCGGAUGCAGAGACAGAGCUUCAGACUCCGAAACCGAGGGCGAGGAAACGAAUACAAGCGCGCCCUGGCAAAGAUGAACGGGAACUCGAGGCGGAAAAGGUCACGGAUGCCCAGAUCAAGAAGUACUGGCGAGCCGAGGAGGAAAGCCGACUUGCCCCCAGAGUUCACCAAGAAACUCUAUCUCUACACGAAAAGAUCCUGCGACACUUCGACCUCUCAUCCCAAUACGGUCCAUGCAUUGGCAUCACACGACUCGAUCGCUGGAAGCGCGCAAACAUGCUAGAACUCAAUCCGCCGGUUGAAGUGCUUGCCGUCUUGCUUCGCGAGGAAGACGACAAGAAGAGCCAAGGUUGCGGCAAGCUGGCGUACAUUGACGAGUUGGCCGGUGGACGGGUUGUCCUUGUGGAGUGA